ACUUUCGAUUCUAAAACACUGAAAUCUGAUUCUUUACUCUAAGGGUUUAAGCAAUUUCAUCACUUGCAGAGAGGCGAAUCGCCUUCCUAAAGUAUUCAUGGCAGAUUUCAGGCCUAAGCGGCUUCGCUUGCAGAUAGCAUAUCUCUUUCUUCCUCCCUAUCCUUCGCCGCAUUUGCAAGGCUCGAUCCCUCGCUUUUUCAUCAAUUGGGACGCUAGAUGAGCCAGAACGUAUCGUGGAUGAAAAGAGACGCAAUUGAGGUGCUUCUUGUGAGACUGAUAACUUAGGCUCGCUUUGUUGUUGAUUUUGGUUUUACAAUUGGUGAUACGUUUAGGAGGAGAAGUGAGAAAAAGGACCCUAAAGUACCAGAACGGAAGAAGUUAAGUUCCAAAGGACCUUGGAAUUGGUACUUCCAGGAUAGCUAGGCCUACGAGAAAGGUUCUUAAUGGGCUCAAGAAAAGAGGAUAUGAGAUAUUCAUUGUGGGGAGGUUGUGUCCGGGAUCUUAUCUUAAAGCGAACACCAAAGGGUUUUGACAUAGUAACAUCAGCUGAGCUUAAACAGACCAACGAAGCUGGCCUCCUUGAGGUUUACACUCUCAGGGUUGGAAUCUUAGCAUUCCAUAAAGCAUUGUCUGACCAGCCAAGGGCUCCUUUGUUGGUUGCAAUAUUUUGUCUUGCUGUGCACAAUGGUGGAGAUAUGUCUGAAGCACUAAACAUAGCAAGGAGAAUCACUAAGCCACAUGAUGUCAGUUUCCAAGAAUUAUCAGAACCGGAGGAUAAGGAUUAUGAGGUAUUGAAUGAUGAGGUUAUGGAUCUUGCAGAUUCUAUUAAACGGGUACUAAGUAAUGAAUAUGAUGACUGAUGAUGAGCAUUAUGUCUCUCAAGCAAUCUCAGAGUAUCCUCAAUCUCUAUCCUGAGAUUUAGUAAGCAUGCUUAUCUCCCUUCCCUUUUUCCUUGUUUGAAUGAGAGAAUAUAGGCUUCUCGAUACUUGCAAGUUUUAUUACAUUGCAACUUUCAUUUUCAUUUGAGAAUGUGUAGGAUUUUCCUUGCAAUCCUAAGUAAUAUAUGUGACUCUACUACUCUAGUGGAUGUUGCGAGACCCUUAUGUUAUACCACCGCAAUUUGUUAUCUUGCGCGUUUUUCAUUGUGUUUGCCUCCUUAUCUGUGAUUGAAUUGAAUGCUAAUUAUUUGUCUCAAAUAUGCAGGUGUCCAUUCCAUUGUCCUUAUAUUUGAAAGUGUAGGAUUUGCGAUUGUGUUAAACAGGGUACAGAGAAUGGUUUUGUCCCCUAACAAGGUGGCAAGAUACAUUAUGAAUCCUUAGCUUUAGGAAGCCUGCAGGAAGUUCGGCAUGCUUUUGCAAGGAUUGCUUUCGAUACCGUAUACCUCUUCAAUUUAACAAAAACCAGUUUUGUGUAAUCCCACAUUAUCAGUGUGCAUAUUAGGAGAUGCUGAAAAAAAUUUAUGAAUUAUUGGGUUUGAACUUUGCUUAUUUUAUUUUUAUUAGUUCAUUCAGACAGAUUGUUAUAUUUUGAUGUACAAGGAAAUCAAAAAAUUAAGGAGAAGAACUUAUUAAAUUGUGGUUGGGUUUCAAGUUGAAAUAUAUAUGUUGGCUGGUGAA